AUAUCACAAAUUUCAUCUUGGACUACGAUGUUGAGAUUGAAUAUGUUUCAUUUAUUUAUAGACUAAAAGUUGGGGUGAAAUUAUCACUUGGUGCAUUUCAUAUUUAUUUAUUUGUGUAAAACAUGGGAAAAUUCUCAAUCUCCAGUAUCGAAAGUCCCCUCAUUUACAGUCGUCCCUUGUCCAAGUGCAUUUCACAGGAUGUUUUUCUGAAAUUGGAAAAUGUCCAGCCUACAAAUUCCUUCAAAAUUCGGGGAAUGUCACGAGUUUGCAAGCAAAAAGCUGAGGAGGGAUUUAAAGGUUUCGUAACCUUUUCCGGUGGGAAUGCUGGGAUUGCUUUGGCCUAUGCGGCGAACGAGAUGGGGAUGCAGUGUCACAUUAUUCUCCCAUCGUUCGUGUCACCUCGCGUCAUGGGAAGGAUGGCCGAGUUGGGGGCAAAUAUCCAAGUCGUCCCCACAAGUCGGGAAGCAAGCGAUGCAGCCAUCAAAUUGGCAAACUCUGACCCAGACUUGACCUUAAUCCAUCCUUAUGAUGAUGAAGAGUUGUGGGACGGAUAUUCCAGCAUUGUUGGAGAAAUUAAGUCUCAGCUGGAAGGAAAAAUUCCAUCCUGCAUAAUUCUCUCCGUGGGUGGAGGUGGAAUGCUGAUGGGGUUGACGAAAGGAUUCGAAAAACAUGGGUGGGAAACAGUGCCAAUUUUAGCAAUGGAGACGGAAGGGGCACAUUCAUUCAACAAAUCUAUAAAAGCAGGAGCCGUUGUUGAGAAUGUGAUGACGAGCAUUGCAAAAACACUCGGAGCUCCGUCCGUGGCUCCAAAAUUGAUGGAAAUACUGCCAAAAUUCGACAUUAUUUCGAACGUCCAGUCUGACGCAGCGGCGGUUGAGGCUUGUCUAAGAUUUUCAGACGACCAUGCAUUUUGUGUCGAACCGGCCUGCGGGGUCUCACUUUCUGCCGUUUAUCAAGGAAUUCUUCACGAAAUAUUUACCAGUAACGGGCAUGAAUUGGGUCAAGGCCCGGUCGUUGUGCUCGUUUGUGGCGGGUGUGACAGCAGUGUCAAGAUUUUGAAGGAUUACGCAGAAAAAUUGGGAAUUGACAUUGUUUGACAUUUCAGUAAAAUAAAUAAAUACUGUAAUUCGUGAGACCAAUA